AUGGGUGAACCAAAUACUAAAACCAACGAUGACAACAUGGACGUCGUUUGCGACGGCGACACAGUCGCAGACCAAAGAAGCGGGGAUGCUACUUCCAGUACGGCGGCUCGUGUGGAUGGGUUGAGGGGAGAUAGCGCGCAAAAUCGAGAGGCGGACGACCACGAUGUCGUGAUGCACAAUGGGGAGGAUUGCGAUAUCGAGAUGGAAGGCAACGAACGGGACGAUGCCGACGCCGAGAUGCGAAACGGAGAACGGAACGAUAUCGAUGUUCAAAUGAACUAG